UUGGUCUGGUUUCUCUGCUCUGGUCUGGCUUCUCUGCAGUGGUCUGGGUUCUCUGUUCUGGUCUGGUUUCUCUGCUCUGGUUUGGGUUCUUGUGCGCCGUGCCGUGAAAGUAGGGCCAGCUGGGAGGUGGACUCAGGUGUGCACAUGUGACGUGUCUCUGGACUUUCUUGGAAACACCUGGAACUGUGUCAGUGAGGAGUCCUUCACAUGGCUGGCCUGGUCCAGCACCUUGUUCUGGGUGCCACAUGUCCCGGAAGACAUCAAGUGACAGAGAGGAAGAGCCGACUCAAUCUCACCAGGUUUGGCUCCCAUGAAAAUGUCAGCCAGCACAAAAAGAGUCCAUCCAGCACCAUUUCAGCAGAGACGGCUCUGCAAUGGAGCGAGUCCUUUGAAGAACUGAUGAAGAACUCAGACGGGGUGGAGACCUUCUCUCGCUUCCUGCGCACUGAGUUCAGUGAGGAGAACCUGGACUUCUGGCUGGCGUGUGAAGAAUACCACACCUUGCACUCGGACAAGAAGCUGCUGUCCAAAGCCAAACAUAUCUACGCUCUUUUUAUUGAGUCGGACGCCCCUAAAGAGGUCAACAUUGACUACAAGACCAAGGUGGCCAUCCAGGAGGAGCUGGCAGAGCCCACCAGGACUUGUUUCCAAGCGGCCCAGCUGAAAGUCUACAGCCUGAUGAAGAAGGACUCCUACCCCAGAUUCCUGCAAUCGGACAUGUAUUUAGGUCUGGCCAGGAAGAAGGGUCCGGGGGCGGGUAUGUUCCGCAGAAGGUCACGCUCCUGCGUCUUCAGCGAGCGGGGCGCCGCCGCCGCCCAGCCUUCGCCCUGGUAGUCACCACGUCUCCUAAGCAGCUGGUAAAAGCCAUGAUUACUUUGGCGGUAAUCAGUGGAAUUUGUGUUUCAGACGGCGACGUGUCUGCGGAAUGAAUCAGUUUUAUUUUACGAGCAAACAAUAUUCAGCCUGGCGAGGAGCCAUCCAUCCAGGCUGAGAUAUUUAGGAAAUAUGCCAGAUUCUUUUGGCGUUUGUAAGUCCUCACUGGGUGGUUAACCACCUCAGAACUCAGUAGUCUCCAUUUGUUCAGUCCGACUGAUGUCAUUUAGGGCUGUAGAAGUAAACAUUGAUUGAUUGAUUGAUUGACUGAUGUGCAGAGUCCACAACCAACAGUUAAACAUUUAACAACGUCCCACUGGGUUGUGAGUUUUUCCUUGCCCUUAUGUGGGCUCUGUACCGCGGAUGUCGUUGUGGCUUGUGCAGCCCUUUGAGACACUUGUGAUUUAGGGCUAUAUAAAUAAACAUUGAUUGAACAAAGGAA